AUGUCAAGAGGAGGCGGCUGGGGCGGCGGCGGAGGAAAGAACGACCUAGGCAAGAUGGGUGGACAAGCACUGCCUUGGGAAUAUGACCCAGAGCUCGAAGGAAAACUAAACACCAAACCAAGCGAGAAGUUUCCCCCAAUCCAACCACCAAUCGCCGACCCACCAUCCCUGCACGAACGCCAAAUAGUAUCCCACUACCGCACCCUACGCGCACGCAUCCACGAUGGCCCCUUCUACGCAAUCCUCGAUUCCUCAGCUCGCGUGCACAAAUCCGGAAAAAAGAGUCCUGUGUCUGCACACUACGAUCCUUUUGAAUCCAUGCCUACCUACUCGCAACGCUACACGAAAAAGAAAAACACACUGCCCAAACUCUCCUCACGGCCAUUUGUGAAAUCCUUUUUCCCAGAGGAGUUGUGGGCGAUCAUUGAGCCGGGAAGUGUUGAAGCAGGACAGCAAAAGAGGAAGGUGUUGAAUUUGAGUACGAGGACGAGGUUGGAUAGAUUUGAUACUGAACUUGAUGAUGAGGAAGAUGCAGAUGCAGAUGAAGGAGAGGAAGACAAAGAUGAUAAUGAUGAUUAUAAUGCCGAGCAGUACUUUGAUGGUGGAGAUGAUGAUGACUUUGGUGGGGAUGAUGGUGGUGGUGAUGGAGAUGAUUAUUGA